ACCAUAGAAAAGGUGAAGCAGGUGCAAAGAGAUGGGUGAGAUGGUGGAUGGAAGGAAGCAAGGAGAAGGUGUUUCAGAAAAAAGGAUUGAUAUAAUGAGUGGUGAAGGGGAUAUCGCAUGCCAGUGCAUGCUGGAUUACUACUCCACAACUCCGGAAUCCGAGCAACUUGAUUCCCAGGUAGACCGGAAUGUAAUGAAGCAACCACCGGACCGUUGGUUUCCAAUCACCCAAUCAACAAACGGGAAUUCGUGGACGGCGACCUUCCAUUUGCUUUCCUCCGGAAUCGGAACUCAAACACUAUUUCUCCCUCUCGCCUUUGUAUAUCUCGGCUGGUAUUGGGGGAUUCUGUGUUUGUCUGUGGCAUUUGUAUGGCAGCUCUACACGAUUGGGUUGCUAGUGAAUCUUCAUGAGUCCAUCGACGGUACUCGUUACAACAGAUACAUUCAACUAUCCAUGGCUGCCUUUGGUGAAAAAUUGGGGAAACUUCUAGCCAUCUUCCCAAUCAUGUAUCUUUCAGGUGGUACGUGUGUGAUGUUCAUAAUCACAGGCGGUGGAACCAUGAAACGAUUUUAUCAACUCUUGUGUGAGGAUUGUUCUUCCAAACAGACCUUGACGACUACAGAAUGGUUCUUGGUUUUCAUUUGUUUGGCAAUUCUUGUGUCCCUCUUCUUGCCGAAUUUGCAUUCCGUAGCUCUUGUCUCGUUUCUUGGAGCGAUCAUGGCGGUUGGAUACUGUACGAUCUUAUGGGUAUUUUUCAUUGCAAAAGGAAGGGAUGACCAUACUGUUUAUGAUCCAUCAAAAGCUGUUGCCUCAGAAGUUGGUCGAGUUCGAAGCAUCUUGAAUGCACUUGGGAUCAUUGCCCUUGCAUUUAGAGGCCAUAAUGUUGUCUUAGAGAUACAGGGUACUUUGCCGUCAACCCCAAAUCGCUCAUCAUCAAACCUCAUGUGGAAAGGAGUGAUCGCAUCAUAUCUCAUCAUUGCAAUGUGUUUCUUCCCUUUUGCAAUUGUUGGAUACUGGGCCAUGGGGAACAAGUUUCCGGCCAACGGAGGAUUGUUAACCGCUCUCUCCUCCUCCCUCCACCACUAUGCCUCAAAACCGGUGCUUGGCGUCAUAUACGUCCAAGUCGUCAUAAGCUGCGUGACUGCUUUCCAAAUCUACAGCAUGGUUGUCUACGACAACCUGGAACGCGCAUACGCAAGCAGAACGAACCAGGAAUGCACAAAGUUCAUCCGUACAGUGAUCCGGAUUGUCUUUGGAGGUGUGACCUUCUUUAUAUCGGUGGCGGUCCCAUUCCUGCCAACCCUUGCGAUAUUGAUUGGAGGGAUUGCACUGUGUAUAACGUUCGGGUACCCAAGUCUCAUGUGGAUCGCGAUCAAGAAACCACCAACAAGAUCAAGAAGGUGGUGGGUUAACCUUGGGCUUGGGUGUUUAGGAAUAGGGCUAAGCGUGUUGGUCACUGUUGUUGGUGUGUGGAACUUGGCUUCCAGAGGUUUAGAUGCCAACUUCUUCCAUCCACGUUAACAGGAUACCAUUAGAAUUAACACAAUCUAACAAAUCCAAAUACCUUAUUUUACUGUUUUUUUAAACUUCAUUAUCAUAUUGUAUGAACUAACAUCAAAUAGUAAUUAAACGAUUCGACCAUAUUUUGGGUCAUU